AAAUACUUUCUGCCUUCAACGGAUGUGUUAGUUUUCGAACACUUAAAGAGGAGUUGUUAUCAUGAAAACGGAUACUACUCUACCCAUAAUCGCCGAAGACGGCGACUGUGGCGACAGCAAGAGGGUAAGAGUGGCUGAUUCAGGAUAUACCGUCGGCGGUCAGGACAGACCUGUAAAAUUACCAAAAAUCGAAAACAAUGGAGAUGUUGGGACAUCAGAAGGAACACACGUUUUAGUCGAUGCACUAAUGGCCGAAGUGGCAAUUAAAGAUAAAGACGGAAAAACAAACGCCGGCCACGGUGUAGUCUCAGUCAUGGGACGACAGAGAGCUAUGACAACCGCCGUUUCCACCGUCGUCGACGAGAUUCCGUCUUAUGACAUUUUCGGAAUCUUCGACGGUCUUAGGCUCGCUAAAUUCUUUGAGGACAGGCUGCGUCGGCUCGUGAAAGAGGAGGUGAAAGCAUGCCACGGCCGUGGGGUGGCUGCGGACUGGAAUAAAGUUAUGAAAUCCUGUUUUUCCGAGGCGGUAGGGACGGUGGGAACCACCACUUCCGCGGUGGUUACGAUAGUCGGAAAAGAGGAAGUGAUUGUGUUGUGCCGUGGCGGCGCAAGGGUGGUUUUAUACUCUCACGACGGAGUUGCUUUGCCUCUCUGUCAUAUCCAUCAUCACAAGUACUUAACCAAAAAUAUCUUUUGUCACCUUUUUAGGAUGGUGUAGAGCAAAUUCUAAAGAUCCAUAAACGAAAAAAGAUAGACGACUUUAUUGUACUUGCAUGCGAUGGUCUAUGGGACGUUGUCUCCGACGAUGACACAUAUCAGCUUGUGAAACGUUGUCUUUACGGCAAAUUACCACCAGACGGGUUAGAUUCUUUACUAGGAAUAUUAAUUUUUUUUUUUUUUUUGUCUAAUAUAUUUAACGACUUAUGUGAGUUUCAAGAUUAAUAUCGACUUUUCUCUGUUUUCUUUUUUUUUUUUUUUUUUUUUGCGAUUCUUAAUUAUUAUUAUUAUUAUUAUUAUUAUUAUUAUUAUUAUUAUUAUAAGUUUUGUUUUGUUCUCCCGAUUAUAAGUUUCCAUUUUACAUCUUUCUUUUCUAGAUAUACUUUUUUCUUUGUUUAUAAGCCUAGUGUGUGUGUGUUGGUAUUUAUUUUAAUUUCUUCUGUUAUUUUCCCUUGUUUUUUAUAUAUUUAUUUUGAAUGUAAUUUUCUUGGGAGUUUGUCUCUGACACCCCUGUUUUGUCAUU